AUGUCUCUAGCCAAACUGACAUCCCUCUCUACUCAAACGUUAUCCCUCCUCCUUGAACGACAACGACUGCAGACCCUCUCCUCGACGUCGACGCACAAUGCUAAACUGGGCCAAAUCACGCGCAACCUCAACCAGCUCCGGAAUGGUAUCCUGGAGCUGGAGAAGAACGAGGGCGGGCGCACGGAGGCCGUGAGGCUGCUGAGAAGCCAGUAUGAGAGGAUGAGAGGAAUGCUGGGCGAGGACGCUGCGGGAGUCGAGAGCCUGCAGGAUGACCCGAGUCCGUUCCCUUCGCCCGCGCCGGCAGCACCACGUUCGCCCUCUCCACGGAAUGAUUCCGUGAAAGUUACCCAGUUCGCGCCGUACACGGAUGACCCAGAAGGCGGCCCUCCGAACCGGUAUCAGGACGAGGAGCCGCAAGUCAUUUUACAGACGCAGCGUCGCCUGAUAGACGAUCAGGACGCUCAACUCGACGUUCUCUCAUCGUCAAUAAACCGGCAGCAUCACCUUUCUCUCCAGAUCAACUCUGAACUGGACUCGCAUGUCGGGUUGCUCGAAGAACUGGAUACUGAUCUGGAUCGGACGGAAGGCAGGCUGAAUGGUGCGCGCAGGAGCUUAGACCGGGUUGCGAAGGGCGCAAAGGAGAACAGCUCGACAGUCAUUAUCGCGAUCCUUAUCCUAGUCCUACUAUUGCUCAUCAUCGUCUUCAAGACGUGACAGUAUCGGGGUUGGACCCCACCACUCAAACUGCAUCAUAUACGGACACAUACCCAGCGAUUGGCAUAUCUGCUUGUAUCAUAGCAUCCGGAACGUAAUGACAUAACUUAUCUAUAUUCUGGUAUGUGCA